AUGACAUCUUCCAUAAAUGCGGGAAAAGUCUACCUCACGGCGAUUGCACUUCUUGGUUGCCUGUUGUCGGUCACAGGUGAUUACUGUGAGGUGAACUAUUGCCAUAAUGGCGGGACGUGUGUGACAGGGGUAGGAGAGGAACCAUUCAUCUGCAUCUGUGCGGAUGGGUUUGCUGGAGACACAUGCAACCUAACAGAGACAGGACCUUGCAGUCCCAAUCCGUGUAAGAAUGACGCAUCUUGCGAGGUGAUUGCUCCUACCAGAAGAGGAGAUGUUUUCAAUGAGUACAUCUGCAAAUGCAGGGUGGGCUUUGAGGGUGCUCACUGCCAGAUAAAUGUUAAUGACUGCGCCAAUCGACCAUGUAAAAAUGGAGGCAUAUGCAGAGAUCUCGAUGGUGAUUUUUCAUGUCAGUGCCCUUCACCCUAUGUUGGGAAGCAGUGCCAUCUACGUUGCAUUUCUUUACUGGGAAUGGAAGGAGGAGCAAUCGCCGAGUCCCAGAUUUCUGCAUCGUCUGUGCACUACGGAAUUCUUGGUCUUCAGCGUUGGGGUCCGGAGUUGGCACGGCUCAACAAUCAAGGCAUCGUCAAUGCCUGGACAUCAGCUGUCCAUGACAGAAAUCCUUGGAUAGAGAUAAACAUGCAGAAGAAGAUGCGUCUAACGGGAAUCAUAACUCAAGGGGCCAGUCGCAUGGGCACGGCGGAAUACAUAAAGGCCUUUAAGGUGUCCAGCAGCUUUGAUGGGAAGACCUAUACCACAUACAGAAUGGAUGGACAACGGCGAGACAAAGUUUUAGUGGGCAACAUCGAUAACGACAGCACAAAGACUAAUCUUUUUGACCCACCCAUUGUGGCCCAGUACAUUCGCAUAAUUCCUGUGGUUUGCCGAAAGGCAUGCACGCUACGCAUGGAGUUGGUGGGAUGCGAACUAAAUGUUUAUUCAAACACAACAGGGUGCUCAGAGCCAAUGGGAAUGAAAUCUCGUCUGAUAUCGGAUGGUCAACUGUCAGCCUCCAGUUCCUUCCGCACAUGGGGCAUCGAUAGCUUCACUUGGCUCCCUCAAUUUGCUCGCCUGGAUAAGCAGGGAAAGACUAAUGCGUGGUCACCUUCCCAAAACAACCGGACAGAGUGGAUCCAGGUGGAUCUCGAGAAGACAAAGCGCCUCACGGGUAUCAUCACUCAGGGGGCCAAAGAUUUUGGAGUAGUGCAAUUUGUGUCUGUAUUCAAAGUGGCUUACAGUGAUGAUGAAGAGUCGUGGAAUAUCGUGAAGGAUGUCAACACUGGCCGUGACAAGCUUUUCCAAGGCAAUAUUGACAACAACAGCCAUGUGAAGAAUGUAUUUGAGCCACCGUUCUAUGCCCGAUUCGUCCGAGUGGUUCCCUGGGAGUGGCAGGAGCGUAUCACACUACGCAUGGAACUACUAGGUUGUGAUGACUAG